CCAGCAUCGGGGCCAGUACCCCCCCGCCCCACCCCCAAGCAGCCGCGCCCGCGCCCCGCCGGCGCCCGCGGGCUGGGCGGCGGUGAUGGAAGGCAGCAUGUCCGUUGGGUCCGGCUACAGCUUUGGCGGCCCCUACACGGGCGGCGUUGCUGUGGUAGAGCCCAUGGCCAUGUCCCUGCUCGACUCGCGGAACGGGAGCACCGAGAGCAUGAGGGCGGCCCAGGCCUACCCGCCGUACGCCCAGCAGCAGGCCUCGCGGCAGGUCGCGGAGCGUCCAGAACUGGGGCCUCGCGUGGUUCCGCCGUCCCAGGUGGUCGUCAACGCCGGCGUGUCACAGCAGGAGUCGCCCGGGCCUCGGUCUCGGGUGCUGUCCGCCGAGACGGCGCCGGCGGAGAAGCGGUACAUGACCCAACGAGACCUCGACGAGCGCAUGCAGGAGCAGAGGGUGGUUCUUCAGCGGUACGUGCAGGAAUCACAGACACUUCAGGCCCAGCGCUUGGAGGAUUUCGUGGAGCAGGCCAUCACGAGGGCGCUCCGGGGCGAAAGCGCCUUGGCUGCGUCCACGGACGAGCACCUUGCUGGCUUGAAGGCCGACCUCGUGGAGCUGCGCGUGGCGCUCGAGGA